UUUCUGUCACUCUUGUCACCGUGUUGAGUUUGUGUAUAUGACUAUCGGCCGACGGUGCGACCGAUGACCAAAUCACAGUAAACUAAAAUGUGUCAAGCACAGGGUCUCAGGACUCUCAUACGAUAGGAAAGGACACUAUGUGGAUGUCAAUCUCAGAUGCGAAUGUCCACUACAAAACAAAUCUCUGCGACCGUGAGUGAUGUGGAAGGAACACUAGGCGCGGUGUCUCCUGCCCCAACCUUACAAAGUGAUCACGCAUCAAAAUCAGUGCUUGCAACAACAAACAAUGCAGAUGUUUUGAUCGUUGACUUGGAUGUCCCAGAUGACCCUCAAAAUCCUAAAAAUUGGAGCUAUAGACGCAAAUGGACUGCUACAAUCAUUGUAUCAUUAUUUACUUUUAUCAGUCCAGCUUCUGCUUUCGGGAUCGAAGAUGAUGUUAUGCUUGCACUCAUAACAUCGAUCUUCGUGCUUGCAUACGCCAUGGGGCCGUUAUUGCUGGGUCCAUUGAGUGAAAUUUAUGGACGGUCACGCGUUUUGCAAUUAGCAAAUUUGUGGUAUCUUGGUGUGUGACAUUUACAAGACAACCCAUAAUCUCACUCUCAUUUUUGACAUGAUAGUAUGGAAUCUCGUCUGUGGUUUCGCACAGUCAGAAUCCCAGCUUCUUGUUUUCCGAUUUCUUGCUGGCCUUGGAGGCAG